AUGGGUGCAGGGAGACAUUCUCGGUGCUCUACACUGUUCGUGGUGCUUAGUGCAACCUGGUUUGUGUUCGGCCGAAGCCAGGUAGAGGGUGCCCAUACAACACCAGCCUUAUUUCUAACUGUGAAAAGUAGUAACUUUUGCAUGACAAAGGUCGAUAAUGUGCAGUGUGGUUAUUUGAUUGUGACAGACAUUUUGAUCAGUCCCGAUGGAAUGCCUCUUCCAUUUUUCCACGACAAUAGUGUCUCCAAGAAGAAAUCCGGACUGAAGAUUAUUGCAUCGUUCGGUGGAUCGGUUGUUCCGUCGGAGCUGUUCGCUUUCUUAACGUGUGACGAUAAGCGGCGAGGAGCGUUUGUGAAUAAUUUGAUCGAGUUUACACGAGCGCACGGAUUCCAUGGAGUUGAUUUGGCCUGGUUAUAUCCAGCACCUCAAGAAAGGGAUCAGUACGUCCGACUGCUGCGGGAUCUUAGGCUUGCCUGCGAUCGCAAUGGAUUGGUGCUCACGGUAACCGUCCCUAGCCGGCCCUCCGUCAUCGAGGUGAACUACCCGGUGGAAAAAUUGGAAAAGUAUGCCGAUUAUGUUAUUUUGAGUACCACCGAAUUUCGCAAGUUACGAAAAACGUCCUUCAUAGCACCGUUAUACUCUUGCAGUCCAGGGUCAUCUAACAGUAUUGACUACCACGUAGAUCGGUGGAAGAUGGCGGGGUUGAGCUGUGGCAAAAUCGUGAUAGUAAUUCAGACAAUGACACUAACGUAUAAACUGUACAUUCAGAACGAAUAUCGCGUAGGCACACCAGCCCUGCAGCUCAAAAUUCGUCCGUACUACAAAAUCUGCCGGAAGCUGUACAGUGGAUCGCUAGAGAUUUGGGACAGUAAUGUGAAGAGCCCCUACGCAUUCCGCGAUCUGUCAUGGUACUCAUACGAAAAUGAAAAAUCAAUCAAAGAAAAGGUAUGCUUCGUAGUGCAACAGGGUCUUGGAGGGUUGGCAGUGUUCUACUACGAUGAAGAUGAUCCGAUAAACAUCUGCGGAGAUGGGCAGUAUCCUCUCACGGCAAUAGUAGUGGCAGCGUUGCAAUCGCAGUAUCUUCCACCUUCAGUGAUUACUGAUUCGCAGAUAUAUCACUACGAAUCACCAUCGUUGACACCUCUAUCGCAGCUAGACUAUCGGCAAUACAGUGAGGGCAACAGCAAUCAGCCGCUAGUUGUGUAUGUGGAAGAAAAACAACCGUACAGUAAUGCGUUUUUACCGGACGUAUCGAAUACUCAGCCUGGAACACAGCUCGUAUCACAGCCAACGCAGCCUAUGUUAGGAUCGUUGAGUUUUAACGCGGAUGAAUCAACGUCGCCGAUGCAGAUGAGUGCACCGGUCUCAGUGAACGGGUACAGCUCAGUGGAAAAAAUGUUUUACGGCGCUGAAUCCGGUUCGGAUGAGUAUGAAGAGGGUUUUUUCUUACCAUACGAAGAAGUCAAGGUUGGACAGGGUGUUGACGUGACGCCUACAAAAGUCGAAAGUCCGAUAAUGUUUAGUGAUCCCGAAUCGUUACCCUCGGCUGUGCAACUGUUUUCGGAAACUGUGAAACCACAAAACUCACACACCUGUCAACUGUUUUCAGAGAAGUCGCAUAACCAUCCGGUAGCGUAUACGACUACGGGUACUACUAGGUGCAAAGAAUGCAGUACAUCCAGACCAUGUCCCCAUUGUGCAUCUCAAUCGUCUGCCGUUUCGCACGGCGAACAGCAAACCGUAUGUCCUUGUAAAUAUCCAGGUAUUAAAAUUUUCGCCACUGCACAUGCACCAACACCUGCGACGACAACGACUAUGGCACCGCCUGUGAUGCACUUCUUUACGAUGGCUCCAGCAGCAUUGAAGCCUCCAACAUGUUGCCAUGGAUGCCAACAGUGUGUUAAGGUUGUAGCGACGAGCAGUGCGGAUGUUCCAAAUGUGGUAGGACAUGCAUUGCCCUGCCCUUGCACGACACCUGCACCCGUAGGUCCGCAUGGCCACCUGUACUCGGAGCAUUCGUUUGCAUCGUCUGUCCCUGGUGUACAAAUUCAAGCACAAGCUGUUGGUCCCCAACCAGUGGUUCCCUUCACACCGUUUGAGGUGAAACUUUGUCCUCACGAUGGCAUCCUUCAUGAUCCUCACGAUAGACGGUCGUACUAUUUGUGCAAACGUGGGUUACCCAUGAGUGAUGAAAAUAAGUUUAGCUGUGCUCAUGGUUAUAUCUUUCACGAGGCAAGCAAAAAAUGUGUUCCCGAGGGAUCUUUCAAAUAG